AUGGUCUCCGCUCAAGUUACCAACCUUGGCAUCAUCCUCGUGAUGAUGCAGCUGGCCAAGAAGGUUCCCUUUGAUGAUCCUCAGGUUCUGAUGGGAGUGCGUGCCAUGUACAUUCUCUCGAAUGUGCUGAUCAUCGCCAUCUAUCUGUACACUCAGGCCAAGAUUAACGCCAAGAAGGACAUGACGACCCUCAAGUACGUCGAGCCUGCCCCCAUGGGCACCGGCGAGGAGGCUAAGCCUGUCACCACCACCAACAUGGACUAUGACAAGGCCCAGCUGCGCCAGCUGAUCCGUAGCCAGCUGAUGGGUGUGGGCAUGAUGGCUGUGAUGCAUCUCUACAUGAAAUACACCAACCCUCUGCUCAUUCAGUCCAUCAUUCCCCUGAAGGGCGCCUUUGAGUCCAACUUGGUCAAGAUUCACGUCUUUGGCAAGCCCGCAACCGGUGAUCUGGCCCGUCCCUUCAAGAGCGCUGGCGGUUUCAUGUCCCAGGGCCAGCCCAAGAGUGACAAGGCGUCCAUUGAGAGCGCUGAGAAGAACUUCCGUGGUGGCGUCAAGGAGGAAUAG